CUGGAAAGGGGUGGGGUUUGUGCAGGGGAAUCCCUCGCUCAGUCUGGAAUUCCUAGGGAGAACUCGCGAGUUUUGCCCGGUUGCAUCCCUCGCGAGAGCAGCGAGUCGCCAUUCUGCGUGACGUCACUGUGUAUUGUUGUGAGGGGGGACGGGAGCAUCCCAGAGCUGUCACCUGCCGACUAUUGCCGCCUCCGUAGCUGUUCCCUGCGCUGCCCGCUAUCAAGUAGGGAGGCGCCUUAUUGCAGAGGGCGUCACUGUAUCACGCUCAGCCAUUGUUUUUAUCCGAAGCCCCCCGAGUACCCGUGGAACGCCCACGUCGUAAGAACCAUCAAUGAGAUGCAAACAUGAAAGACAAGAGGAAGAAGAAGGACCGCACCUGGGCCGAGGCUGCCCGCCUGGCUUUAGAAAAAUACCCCAAUUCACCUAUGACUGCAAAACAGAUCUUGGAAGUCAUUCAGAAAGAAGGCCUAAAAGAAACCAGAAAUGGUACCUCUCCGUUGGCGUGUCUCAAUGCAAUGCUUCAUACUAACACUCGUGUGGGAGAUGGAACCUUCUUCAAAAUCCCUGGGAAGGCAGGACUUUAUGCUCUUAAAAAAGAAGAAUCUGCAUGCCCCACAGAUGGAACACUGGAAAUAGGGUGUGAGUCUGAGUUAGAUGGUACAGAAAUGGCAGAGGCUAGCAGCAAUGGAGAAGAAAAUGAAGUUUGCCAAAAGCAAGUAUCUGAUGAAGCAUCUUCCAACCGAGACUCGAACCUUAGUAAUUCCACAGUGCAGAGCAAGCUAGUGUCUUCCUUCCAGCAGCACACCAAAAAGGCUCUAAAGCAGGCUUUGAGGCAGCAGCAGAGGAAGAGAAAUGGGGUCUCUAUGAUGGUAAACAAGACUGUGCCUCGUGUCGUCCUGACACCUCUAAAGGUGUCUGACGAGCAGUCGGAUUCACUUUCAGGUUCUGAGUCUAAAAACGGUGAAGCAGACGGUUCUGAUAAAGAAACUAAGCAAGGGCAAAAAUCACCUCCUGGUAAACAAACAAGUCAACAUUUAAAGCGGCUGAAAAAAUCAGGCUUAGGGCAUUUGAAAUGGACCAAAGCCGAAGAUAUUGACAUAGAAACUCCGGGAUCAAUUUUAGUAAACACUAAUCUGAGGGCUUUAAUAAACAAACAUACAUUUGCUUCUUUACCACAGCAUUUUCAGCAGUACCUUUUGCUUCUACUUCCUGAAGUGGACACGCAGAUGGGAAGCGAUGGGGCUUUACGCCUUAGUAAUUCGGCUCUGAACAAUGAGUUUUUCGCGUAUGCAGCACAAGGUUGGAAGCAGAGAUUAUCAGAAGGGGAAUUCACACCAGAAAUGCAAAUGCGCAUCAGACAAGAAAUUGAGAAAGAAAAGAAAACUGAAUUGUGGAAAGAAAAGUUUUUUGAAAGGUUUUAUGGAGAAAAGUCUGGGAUGUCUAAAGAAGAAUCCAUACAAUUAGCAUCUGGUCAAAACAGGUGUGAAGAUGAAAUCAGUACAGUAGAUACAUCCUACAGCUUCUCUGGUCCAUCUAUCCAAUGUAAUAACAGUGUGAAAAUCAACAAUGAAACACCAGUUUUAAUGGAAAAAGUUGCGUUAGCGGGACCCAUUGAAACACCAAAGAAUGUACCUGCCAAGGGACUCAUAAGUGAAACAGAACUGGAAGAUCUAGUAAUACCUGAAGAAUCUGUUAUCCAGGAGGAAAUUGCUGAGGAAGUAGAGACUACCGUUUGUGAUCAGGAAGAGGAAGAGAGGACUGAAACUGAAAUGCCAGAGCAGCUGGAAAAUCAGGACACUAAAGAGGAAGAAAAAGGAAUGUGUGAAAAUGUAGAGUUAUGUGUUGUUAUGGAAGAUGAUAUAUUGCCUAAUUUAGAUGGUAAAGUGAAAGAAGAAAAAUCUGAAGAUCUUGAAGGUGAUGUGUUGGAAGAAGCCAAUCAGAUGGCUGAGAGCACAUCCUCUUCUCCAACUCUUUCUUCUCACAGCUCUCCCAAUGAAUCUGUUGGAAAGGAUUCUCAAAUUUUGCAAGAAUUAAAUGUAUCCGAAGAGAAUGAUAGCUCUUCUUUACUAGUUGAUGCUGAGUGUUCUGAAGAGGCUACUGCUGUAGAGAUGGAACUAAACAGUGAACCAGAUGAACAGUACUCAGAAGCAGCAUGUGUAUCAGAAACUUCCUUUUCCUCAGAGAGCCCAGAAGAGACAUGCCAUAGCAUUCCAUCCCCGUGUGGUGACACACAGUCUGCAUCUGAAGAUCCUUACACACCUGCAUCUGUUGAUGCUGCUUUUCUGUCAGAAGUUUCAAGCUCCGAAAAUGUUGAAUCAGAAAGUCAGCAAAAGCACAUAGAUGAAAGCCCCCCAACAUCACUCACUUCAGACAUUUCUCCAGUCUCAUCUUCACCUGUUGGGUCAGAAGCAUCCCGUUCUUCAAACCAUCCUCUCACAUCAGAAGCAUCCCCAGCAUCUAAUUUACCUUUGACCUCUGAAGCAUCUCCAAUGUCUGAUAUACCUUUCAACUCAGAAACCUCUUCAGUUUCAUCUGUUGCUUUGGCAUCAGAAACAGGUCUUACUACAAUUGUACCCCCACCUUCUGAGGCAUCUUCUGUUUAUAGUCCACUUACAAACGAGCAUCUCAUGCAUCAGCAAGAGGCUUCACCAACAUCGUCAGAUGAAUCACAAUCUCCCUUAAAGGAUGAAACAGAUGAUUUCUCAGAGACAUCACAGGUUGAUGCUAAUAUUGAACAAGAAAACUCUGAAAAUCUAAAUUAUCACUCAGAAUCCCAUAAUGAAGAAAUUUUAAAUCAGAAGCAUUUCCCAUCUAAGGUAGAGAAUGAUAAACACCAUACUGCAGCUGCAUCAGAAAAAUGUCCACCAGAAAUUAUAACCAUAAAAAACGAUUCAACCCAUUAUCGCAUAGUUGAGAAAAAAUAUUUUCCUCCUCAUGAUGACUCUCAAGGAUAUUUUUGUAAGAAAACAGACUCUAUUCAGUUUAAAUCCCAUGAAAAACUGAAUACUACAAAUGCAGAAAUUACUGGAUAUGUUGAAUCAAGCAGAAGUAAGUCACAUAAACAAGGAAGUUUUCAAAUAACUAAGUUAUCUGAACACAGCAAGCAAGUAGAGCCAAUAAGGACUGAAAGCCGUGAGCCUGAACUUUCAAAACGAAAGACACUGGAAUUACAUAAUUUUGGUAUACUAAAGGAGAAACGACCACGAAUAGAUGAUGAUUAUCAUAUCAGAACAUCAUCUGUUUCAAGUCAGGCAGAAAGAGAACCACCGCAACCUCGCGAAGAGCCCAAAGUUCCACCUCUAAAGAUUCAGCUUUCGAAAAUUGGACCCCCAUUCAUUAUUAAAAGCCAACCUGCUCCAAAACUUGAGUCAAAAGUUUCCUCAAGUGCACCUACAAGUGGAGGGAGGAACACUGGUGCAAGAACCCUUGCUGAUAUUAAAGCAAGAGCACAACAAGCCAGGGCACAAAGAGAAGCAGCUGCUGCAGCUGCUGUAGCGGCGGCUGCAAGCAUUGUUUCUGGUGGUGUUGGAAGUCCAUCUGAAAGUAGCAAGACUAGGACACUUGCCCAUAUUAAGGAACAAACCAAGGCCAAACUUUUUGUAAAGCAUCAGGCAAAAGUCAAUCUACAGCAGUCAAGUAAAGAGGGAAAAAUAAAAGAGAGCCAUACAGUCACAGACCUGCCAUUGUCUUCUGAUGGAAAGAUUGAAAGUUCCACUGGGGUUAUCAUCAUUAAUCCAAACUGCAAAUCUCCCAACAGUAAGAGCGCCUUACAUCGAGAGCUGCCGUCUACAUUACAGAAAUCGCUUAGUAAUGCAUCACUAUCUGAAACAGAUUCUGAUGUUUCUGUUUACAGUUCCAGUGAAAACAUCCAUGUGCCACAUUCCAGUGACAAAACAAUCACAUCUACCUCCAAUGAAAAUUGUGGUGUCUCAAAGCAUUUUGAUAACAACACAGGUCCUGUCUCUGUGUGCAUCUCUGUUGACUCUUCUAUUUCAAAUACGCUUGAGAAAUCGUCAGUUCUGAUGGGUGUUGAUAAUGAAAACACUACAACUGUACACUGUGUUCUAAACUCUACUCCGCAAACUAACAUUCCUAGUAUGGGUGUUGUACCAGGAUGCUCCAAUGAUACUAGCAGCCCAGCCUCCACUUUAAAUUCCACUACAUCUAAAUCUACAGAUGAUAUGAGAGUGCCAGUAUCAAUCAUUAAUGUUAAUCAUUACACCUCUGUGCCAGUUACAGCCAUUGGAAAUAGUAUGCUAAAUCCUUCCCUUUGUAGCCCUUUGCUUAUUUCCCUAAACUCCACAAUGAGCACAGGCAACAGGUAUUCUGAGAAAUUGGAACUAUCAGGUUGUGAAAAAGAAAAUGACACUAAAGUAUGCAGUUCAAUUAAUAGAUUGUCAAGCCAAGAGGAUACUAUCUUCAGUUCACUUGAUAGAUCUCGGGUUCCUUUAUUUGCCAACAACAGGAGAACUUUAAGCUCUGAUUCCAACCAGAUUAACACUGAUAAUUUAGAUAAAAAUUUGUGUAGUAUUGUAUCAGAUUUCCACAGUAAUGCUCUGCCUGCCACUUCAUCACAAGCUUCAACAAAUCGUUCUAUACCAUGCAAAGUGAUUGUUGAUCAUUGUACAACUCCAAAUUCAUCUUUCCCUUUCAUUGCUGAAAAUUCAGAAAGCUGCGCUGAUCCACAGAACAGUCGGGAAAGAGCAGAACUUUCAAUGCAAAAUAAAGCAUGCCCACAAGUAUCUGUUAUAAGCAGACAAGAAAGCCUUCCUUCUGAGUCUUCUGAACACAGUUCUUUCACAAACAUUUCUUAUAAGCUACCAAGAGAUGAAAGGAACACCUCUUGCACAAACCAUUUGAAAAACAGUUAUUCACCAGAAGAAUCUGUUGCUUGUCGGGAAAAGUUUAAUGAGCAGUUGAAGUGUCCUUCUUUGAAUGGUGGUGAAGAUAAUAUCCCUAACUUAGCGUAUAUAUCCAAUAAUAGAAUAUGCUGGAAUGAUAAAGAUAAAUCUGUUGGCAACCUUUUAAAUAUUAGUAAGCGCAUUGGGUACGCAGGAGAAAACAUUCUAGCCAGUGUCAAGAGUGAACCUGACAGUUAUCAUCAAAUGAGAAAAGUCAGCGCUCUGAGCUCAGUACCAAGCAUCCCUGUAUCAAUAAAAUUAGAAGCAAGCGAAUCAACCAAGUGCUUUGGAAAUGAUGGAUAUGCAUGUCAAAAUACUCUUUCUCAAACUGCUGACUUAGACAUGGGUGCACAGUCCUCAGAUAUGCCUGUCACUGUUUCUAGAGAUGAACCUUUAUCUUUGACAACAGAUAACUUGAAAAGAGUAACAAAUACAGGAAGUUCCAGCUGUCGUCUUUCAUCUGUUGAAGCAAAUAACCCAUUAGUAACACAAUUACUGCAAGGCAACUUACCCUUGGAAAAAGUUUUGCCACAGCCUCGGUUAGGAACCAAACUAGAAAUUAGUAGGCUCCCUCUGCAAGCUACCUCUCUGUAUAAGGCUUCUGAUAGAACUGCUUCUGAAAAACCAUGCUCUCCAACACCAGACAGUAAAGGGUACUCUUUAACUCCUCUGCAAAUGAGGAAACGUGAAAGCCAUCCUAAAAAGAGGAUGGUGAGAACUGUAGGAGAACAUGCUCAAAUUAAAUGUGAGUCUGGAAAAUUUUCAGUGGAUGUUGAUCCGGCCUUGUCUUCUUGUAUGAUGGGUUCUAUUGUGAAUUCACUAGUGCAAGGCCAGGGUUUCAAACAGGAGUGGAUGAACAAGCAGUCAGUUCAAACCAGCAUUGCUCACAGCCCAGAGAUCAAACAGCAGAAUAGGCCAUUGCCUUCAUGUAGCUUUGAGCAGAACUUCUAUAAUGUUGAAAAAAAUGGCAGCUAUCAACCAGAAGCUAGUACCUCACAUAGGCAGCAUUUUUACCAAAUGCCAAUGACUCAGAGAGGGUCAGCUGCUUCAGUGUAUUUACCGCAAGGUUCUGUCAAAGCCCAACCCAGUGGCAAUUCUUUUGCUUUUAAUAGGCAUCCCGAACAGAAGGCUUUGGCAGAAGUCAACGCGCAACCUCUUCCUCUCAGAAUAAGCAAUGCUUAUUCACCAAAUCUUCACGUUAAAGAAGCUGAUGACCUUGGCAACCCUUUACAAACAUUACAACAUAAAUUCUUAGUACAUACUCCUCUAUCUAAUUCAGAAGUCCCCUCUGAUCAAAAACAACCAGCAGUUGUUAUGGAAAGCACUAAAAGACUUAGUUGGUCUCAACCUAUAAGCAAUAUAAAGUCUGAGCCCAACUCUUAUGAGGAUGGUUUAAAUAACAACUGUGAACUGACCAUGAAACAAGCUUCCUAUGAACAGAAUGAAGUCAAAGAACAGUUAAAAGCAUUUGCCUUGAAAAAUUCAGACUUUUCUUCCUAUUUACUUUCUGAGCCACAAAAGCCUUUUUCUCAGUUCACUGCACAGAAAGUACAAACACAACAGCAGCAGCAGGGUGGGAGUUAUACGGCAAUUCACUUUGGUAGCACAAGCUUUAAAAGAGCAGCAUCUGCUAUUGAAAAAUCUAUUGGAAUUUUAGGGAGCAAUGUUAAAUCUGCCUCUGGACUGAGCAGCCAGAACACUUCAAUCCCUGUACAGAAUUUUGCUGACAGCAGCAGUGCAGAUGAACUGGAACUCAAAUGCUCCUGCAGGCUGAAAGCCAUGAUUGUGUGCAAAGGCUGUGGGGCCUUUUGCCAUGAUGACUGCAUAGGACCUUCAAAACUAUGUGUAGCGUGUUUAGUUGUACGAUAGGAAAAGAAUCAUGGUUGGAGCAUCCCUUAACUUUUACCGCCAAAAUGGCUGCGCCAAAAGCAGUAACAUUAUAUCCCAUGUUAUUUUAUGUAAGUUAAUUUUGUUGCAACCAGAUAUUUUCAGUGUUAAUUUGUUGUUCUGUGUUUUUAAGGGGAGAGUUUUUCUCUAUCUUGUUGCCCCCACUUAUUUAUUCAUAAACUUUUAACUGUAUUAACUCAAUUUGUGAGUUCUGAAAGCACUACAUUAUGCAUUAUGUGUAUACAGUGUGCAAGUGGAGCUGUUCGAAGACAAUUUGCUAUACCAUUGUGAAGCUGGACUGCAGUGUACAACCAUUCUACAAUAUACAUGUGAACUGGCAUGUAAUUCAUUUUACAAUGAUCCCUCUUGCCUAUCUUAGCUUUUCUUUCCUUUAUCUUAACUUUACAUAUUUAGUAUGCUGAUUAGCCAACUCAUAAAUGGGGUGUUAAAUAUGCUUGCACAGCAAGAUAUCUGCUUACACAAACCUAAAGUUUACAGGAAAUUUCCACAUAAAGAUUUUGUUUUGUGGGUGUCUGAGAACUUAAAAUGCCAAUUAGUAAGUAGCCACAGUAUCAAUGGGGGAUUGAACAAAUGCAAAGUGGAGAUGUCCUAAUGAUUUUGGUUGUGUGUGAAUGUUGAAAUGCUACAUUUUCCAGCUAUUUUUUAUCCAUCUUUUAUUUAUAGCUGCUAUAAACGACAUUUCGAAAAGCCACAUAGGGUUGAUUAGUGUAACCAGUUCUCAGGGCACAUGGCUUUCCCAUAGUGCUGACAAUACAUUAGUAAAAAUAAAAAAUAGAACCUAGUCAUUUAUUUGUUUGCACCUGAGAUUGAGACUAGAACAAAGUAACGUAGUGCCAAAUUCUCAGUUUCUGUUAAAUAUUAAUGUUGAAAAAAAAAAAACAUUGAUUGAUGUAAAAUAUUCAACUGAAUGAAGGACUGAACUGCAAAGUGCACUUCAACAUUUUAUGAGGGCAAGCCUGCUCAAUGUCAUGAUUGCUAAACCAUUAGCUAACGCAAAAGUUAUUUUUAGUGGCAACAUUUGCAUUUCAAGGGUGUCCUUGGUUGAGGGCAAGAAAAAAACCCCACAUCUCAAAUACUAAAGAUAUUUAAAUAGAUUCCAUAAUUAGCAGUUUUUUAAUAUGAUUUCUUCUGAACAUACUUUUACAUUGGUUCAGGUGCUUUCAAUUGCUUACCAUAGUAGAGUUGGAGAAUCUAAUAGACUUUCUCUGUGGGGCAUAAUACAUUUUAAUUCUUUCUUUUGCUUGUCACGCCCCCAUUGCAAUUUCUGGAUUGCAGAUAAGAAUUUAUAAGCAUUAAAAAAUGUAUAAGCUAUUGAUCUCUAAAAUGUUAAGCCUUUAUAUGGGAUCCACUAAAUUUACGUGUUUAGAAUUACUAUGGGCUUACAAACAUAAGAUCUGCUGCUAUAGAUAUUUGUUACUGGUGUGACAGAAUCAGGAACAAAUGCAUGUAAUAACAAUUUUUUGUUCGUUUUCUAUUUAAGAAAAACAGCAUUGGCAUUUUAUCACUUUGCACCAAAAUACGGUGAAAAUAGGCCAUUUUACAUUUUAGUGAGCAAUGAUCCAUAAAGUGCUUAUUUCUAAUGAAGUAUUUUUUUAAUUACAUUUUUUUUUCAUUUAAAACUGACUCAAAAUAGUUUACAUCUAAAUAUUUAAAUAGCCAAUUUCAACAAUUUAGGAUUUAAAGAGACUUGAAAAGCUCAACAAAACCACACAAAAAUAACUGUUGCAGUGUAGAAGCAUGAAGACACACUGAUAUUUUUCCUAGUGACUUAGAGUCUGUAUAUAUGAUGCCAACAAUGUUAGGGACUUAUAAUCAUAUUUGAAGGGGAAUAUAUAACAUUUACCAAUUCUGAACCUUGUAGAGC